UUCGUAAACCUAAUUAAAUUAAAGUUCUCUCUGCUCUGCUCUGCUCUCAUCGUCUUCUUCCUUGAGAGGCGAUUUGUUGAUUCACUCCCGACGAAAUCAAGUUCAAGAGAAGAAUCAAUCAAUCUCUUGCGAGGAGAGAUCCACAGUCUCUAGAUAAGUUCUCUUCGCUUAUUUUAUAUGAGGAUUUCUAGAUCUUUCUUUGCCUUUUUUGAUUUUAUCCCGUUUUAGGGUUUUCAAUUUCCGUCGUAUUGACUCUGUUUUGUUCUUUUUAUCCUUUAGCGACGAUCAAUCACUUCCCAGUUCCCAUGAAAUCGCCAUCUCUAGUCGGGAUAAUUCAGGGGAUGAAGUCGAUCAAGCCUUUGCCUAAGGGUGUUCAUCACUCCAAGCGUUCUGGAAUUAUGAUGUUUGACAUGACGAGGAAGGUCGUGGAGGAACUCGUGUUCAACAAUCUCGAUGCGACCAAGGUUUCUAUCUUCGUGGGUGUUGUUUCGUGCUCUGUCAAGGUUGUGGAUGAUGGAUCAGGCGUUUCCAGAGAUGAUUUGGUUUUGUUGGGAAAAAGAUGCACCACUUCAAAGUUUCAUGAUUUGGAGUCAGCCAGUGAAAAUUUUGGAUUCCAUGGAGGGGCGUUAGCGUUAGCUUCGAUAUCAGAUAAUCUCGUUACUGGAAAUCAGGACAAAUAUAUUGGGAAGCCUAAUGGUUAUCGAAAGGUAUGGGAUGACUUUGAUGCUACUCAAUACUCCUACAUAGUUUGUGUGGCGUUAGGUUAUAAUUAUGGUUUCAAAACAAAAAUCUUACUUCUUUGAUUUUAGUAUUUUCGGUUAAUGGUUUUCAACUUUACGUCUAUUGGGUUUCAAAAUCGUUUACUCUGCCUAUAGUUUUGUGUGUGUCUGUGUUCCUUAUAGGUUUGGUUUUAUCUUGUGUAUCAUACGUUUUUGAUUGCUUGCCAAUUAACUAGUCACACGUUCACUCAUAUGAUGAGCCAUAACUACAAUUGUUAUGUAUUGGUAUGCAAAUACUCCUUGUCUUGUUUCUAUCGAGGUAAUCUAAAUUACCUCUCUGCUUGUCCCUGUCCCUUGAAUGCAUGGGGGUUCCUAGUCACCUUAAAAUACAAAUGCCUCGGUUUGGCUGAGGUAAUAUAAAUUACCUCUCUGCUUGUCCCUGUCCCUACUGUCCCUGUCCCUUGAAUGCAUAUGGGUUCCUAGUCACCUGAGCAAAGAAACAAAUGCCUCGGUAUGGUUGUCCCUGUCCCUUGAAUGUAUUGAGGUUCCUAGUCACCUGAGCAAA